CGCUCGCGCAUCUCGAAACACAUCAUCAGUCUCACAGAUCCCGUCACCUCAACCAGUCCAGAAUAAUGUCUGACUACGGCGACGACGACCGUGAGCCUCUCGGCGACGAGCCCGCCUUCGACGAGGAUCCCGAUGAGUACUACGAGCCGGAGCCGGAGCCCGCCGACGAGGACGACGAGGCGGCGCGCGCGCCCGAGCACGAGGGCGAGGGAGCAGCACUAGCCGACGACCACCAGGGGGCCGUCGUCACCUCGGGCGACCCCAACGCGGCCGCUAACCACGGCAAGGGCAACGAAAAGUCGCACAAGGACAAAAAGAUCCCCAACGACCAGCGCACGACCACCCCGUUUAUGACCAAAUACGAGAAGGCACGCAUCCUUGGCACGCGCGCGCUGCAGAUUAGCAUGAACGCGCCUGUCCUCGUGGACCUAGAAGGCGAGACAGAUCCCCUGCAGAUUGCCAUCAAGGAGCUGAGGGAGAAGAAGAUCCCCCUGAUCGUCCGCCGGUACUUGCCGGAUGGAUACUACGAGGACUGGACGUGCGAGGAGCUUCUUCAGUGAAGACUGCGCCGUUUGUUUGGAGUGAAAUAAAGACGAAUAAUGUACAGAAAAUCAAUUAAUUCAUUAGCGAGGGCGUUGGGGUAUUUCCUUUCGUUGCCUGGGACGGGGUGAAUUGCCCUGGAUGUCCCAUUUGUCCUUUUCUUCAACACUACAGAUGCAGGGGGGAAAUGAUUCGAGGUUCUUUGGUUUCCGAUCCCUCGUUCUACGCACUCGUAGGCAAGUCGCUGAGUCUUGUUAGUUGGAUGAAGGGUGAGAGGGCAGGUGUGAGA